GAAAAAUAACUGAUACUGGAUACAUACAUAAUAUGUACAUACACAUUCAUAAUCGUCCAGCACUUUUGAGGACGACCACUAGGUGGUGUUGAAUGGCAAAUUCCCUCACUUUUUCCUUUACUCGUUCACUCACUUUGCCCCGGCCAUCGGCGAUCUUUAUUCCCGUUACUUAAACUGCAAAAUUCCGAUAAGAUUUCCACUUACUUAUUCGUGUUCCGCCAGUUGUACUGUACAACACUGUAUAACUUGUACAGCGGUUAACGCACGAUCACAAGAUGUUGAAAGCCGCAGCGUUACUCGUGCCCAUCGCCCUCGGGAUAUCCCUUUACCUCAGUUCUUCGAGUGAACUUAAGAUACCGGCUUUACCUGAAACGAAUUGGGGAUCGAAAAAAAAUGGCAAAGAAUCCUCUGAAAUACGACCUUUUAAAAUCGAUGUACCAGUCGCGGUCCUGGAGGAUCUCAAGUAUCGUCUUGCUCAUAGAAGAUCGUAUGUAGAUCCGCUCGAAGAUACGGCAUGGACCUACGGUAUCUCCACCAAAUACCUGAAUACAGUACUGGAUUACUGGACGAAUAAGUACAAUUGGACGGAAAGACAAGCGUUGCUCAACAAAUAUCCUCAAUUUCUGACAAACAUUCAAGGUUUGGACAUACAUUUUUAUCAUGUCCGACCGACAAUUCCAAAGGAUAGAAAGUUGAAAGUGCUGCCUUUAAUGAUAAUACAUGGAUGGCCUGGAUCUGUCGUCGAAUUUCAGAAAAUAAUACCCAUGUUAACGACACCUUCGCCCGAUCACGAUUUCGUAUUUGAGUUAAUUGUACCGUCGCUUCCCGGGUAUGGAUUCUCUGAAGGAGCUGUUCGGCCAGGAAUGGCCACUGCUCAGAUGACAGUUAUAUUCAAAAAUCUCAUGCAGAGACUCGGCUUUGAGAAGUUUUAUGUUCAAGGCGGGGAUUGGGGAUCUCUUGUUGCCUCCAACAUAGCUGCUCUUUUCCCAGAAAAGAUCAUUGGUGUACAUUGCAACAUGUGCUUUACGCUUGAACCGAAAAAUUUAUUUUGGUCGAUAGUGGGAUCUUACAUUCCAUCUUUGGUUGUGGAGAGCGAACACUAUUCGAAAUUCUAUCCUCUCAGUAAAGUUUUUAUAGCCCUCAUCGAGGAAAGUGGGUACUUCCAUAUACAAGCUACCAAACCAGAUACUAUCGGGGCUGCGCUAACCAACUCUCCGGAUGGUCUAGCCGCAUACAUUUUGGAGAAGUUCAGCACUUGGACGAACAAAGCGUACAGAGAACGAGAUGAUGGUGGUCUAUUAGAAAAUUUCACGCUCGACGAACUUCUAGAUAAUAUUAUGGUAUAUUGGGUAACAAAUAGUAUUACUACCAGCGUUCGUCUUUACGCUGAGAAUAUGAAUACAGCAUACAGAAGCUUAAAAGUUGAACAAUUACCUGUAAAAGUACCUACAGGCUGUGCUAUUACACCCAACGAAUUACUUCUUCAGCCCAAGAGUUUACUGGGUAACAGGUAUCCUAAUCUAAUUCAAUAUAAUUAUUUAUCACGUGGAGGACACUUUGCAGCUUUUGAGGUGCCACGACUUUUAGCGGACGAUAUUUACAGUUUCGUUAAGAAUACCGAAGAUAUUAAAAGAACACCACAACAAAAAUCAUAGUAAGGGUCAUAUGAUUAGAUUGUAAACAGAUAUUGAUAUAUGUUUUUUAAAGUGUUUCAAUAAAUUGUAAUGUACGUUUCAUAUUAAAUACAAAUGAGUACUAAUGUUGUUUAUAAUCAUU